AAGUUCUGUCAUAUUUCGAUCAAUCUAAUGACUAUUGAUGAGCAACCAAAAUCACCACAACUCCGCUUCCUCACGGCAUUCUUCUGUCCCUAUGCCCAGCGGGCCCGUAUAGCCCUAGAGUGGUACAAGCUCCCAUAUGAGCACAUAGAGUGCCUCAGUCCAGGGCCGGACGGGUACACCAAGCACCUUCUACUCCUCGAGACCAAUCCUAAGGGUCUGGUACCAACUCUGAUUGUUGACCAUUCCGACGGGAGACGAGAAAUUGUUGUCGAGUCUUUGGACAUCAUCGAGUAUCUGGACACUAUCGCUCGUGGUAUGGGGCUGCCAAUACAGCCUCUGGUCCCAGAAGAUAGGAAGGAAAGGCGGCGACUAAGGAAGGCAGCGCAGAUCUACAACGCAUCUUUCUGUGACCGUUUCAUCCAAUGCUUCCGCCGCAACAGGCCAGAUAGAUUCUCUGACAUGAUUGCGGCUCUGGAAAACUUCAGUUCUGAGAUGCUUGGUCCCUUCUACAACGGUGCUUCCCUCUGCAUCGUUGACGUUGCCCUAUAUCCUUUUGCCUAUGCUACGUCUGUUCUUGGUGCUUCCAAAGGUCCAGAUUUCACUUUGUCACGAGACAAUCAUCCGCAGCUUGGUAAGUACUUCGACUGGUUGUCUAAGAUGUCCGAACUUGCAGUUGUGAAACAGACGCUCAUGCCUCCACGCCAGUUGAUACAGACAUACGACCACCUCACGAAGUUGUCUACGGCGCAGGGGAAACCGUCGCGACGAGUAAAUGAUGCUAAGCUUGAAUCCACGACCCGUCUUACUCAUUCAUCGAAGCUCUGAGUAUAGAUGCUGUGGAAUCCGUGAUGAUAUUUUCUCGAGAAUAUACUGUUAUGCGGCCACCCAAUGUCGACGCUUUCAUGUCUGAGUUUACGAUUGAAUGAGGU